AAUUUUCCCUACAAAAACACACACAGUCACACACGCAAUUUCUCUAGAUUCGAUUCCCCCUUCCUAUAUCUCCUACCCCCUCCCCACAUGUUUCCUUUCAAUUCCAUCAAUUCUCCAUAAAAACACACCUAUACUUACAUACAUUCUCCAUAUCUCGGAUCUAUACAACAAUGGCGAUAAACACUUUCAUUUCUCUAUUCACUUUCACUCUUCUCAUCACUCUCUCCCUUUCUUCUUCUUCAGAUCUCUCGCCUGCUCCGCCUCCACAUUCCGGUUCCGACGACUCUCCGCCACCGCCACUUCCUACUCCUUCCGUUUCACCGUCAUCUGCUUCUCCUCCUGCACCAGAUCUAACUCCUCCACCUGCUUUACCUUCGUCAACAACCGCUGAUAAACCUUCUCCAACUCCAGAUCUCUCUCCUUCUCCAGCACCUCAAGUGUCGGAUGUUAGUAAUCUCGCUGAUGCUAAUUUGAAAACCGAGGAUUCUGAAAAAUCGGAUUCCGGCGGGUUGAGCGGCGGACAGAAGGCCGGAGUGGCGAUUGGAGUGAUUGCGGCGGCGUGUGUGGUUGUGUUCGGUGGAUUGUUGUAUAAGAAGCGUCAACAGAAUAUUCGAAGAGCUGAGUUUAGUAAUGCUGCACGCAGGGAGUUCCUCUAGAAUAUCUUAAAGUUUGAAUGCACAUUUUAUUAUCAUGAUGGUGAUAUGAUAUUAUUAUUAUUAUUCAUAUAUAGAUUUAUAUACAGAUCUAGAUCUAUACACAGUUUCUCAGUCAGGAUGUUAUCUCUCAUACAUUUUGUCUCCUGUAAAUUUUGAAUCAGAUCUUGUGGUGCUGGUGAUUCCAUUCCUUUUAUUCA